AUGUCCUCCGCACCGUGGGACUACAUCGCAAAACUCGUAUGCAUCGGCGAUUCUGGCUGCGGUAAAUCCUCGCUCACCAUCCGCCUCUGCGAAGGGCGCUUUGUUCCACACCACGAUGUGACCAUCGGCGUCGAAUUCGGCUCGCGCAUCGUGCCCGUCGGGCCGCCCUACUCCGACAUCACCAAAUCCGCCUCUCGGCUCGACAGCUCCCCAAGCGCCGACGGCACAACACCAACAGCAGCACCAACAACCCCAGAAGCAGCAGCAGCAGCAGACGGCGCGACAGCCCCAACCGGCCUCCCACCCCCACCGACCAUCCCCAACGACAAAUCCAAAACCCCACAACCGCCCCAAAAACACAUGAAGCUCUCCCUCUGGGACACCGCCGGGCAAGAAACCUACAAAUCCGUCACGCGCUCCUACUUCCGCGGCGCUUCAGGCGCCCUCCUAGUCUUCGACCUCACCCGCAAAUCCACCUUCCAACACGUCACCGACUGGCUCAACGACCUGCGGCAGAUCGCUGAACCGGACAUCGUCGUCGUCCUCGUGGGGAACAAAGCCGACCUUGCCUCGCCCGACGCCGUCGCCGAAGACGACGACGACAACAACAACAACCAAGAUAGCAGCACAACAACCACCCCACAAAAAACAGUCGGGGGCCGAACAGGAGCAGCAUCAGCCUCAGAAAAAACCAGCGGUAACAAACGCGAAGUCACCCGCGCCGAAGCCGAGGCCUGGGCCCGACGCAACGGCGUGCUCGAGUAUGUCGAGACCAGCGCUAAGAGCGGCGCCAACGUCGAGAAGGCCUUCAUGCAUGUGGCCGAGCGCAUUUUUCAGAACAUCCAGGCGGGCAAAUACGAUCUGAAUGAUCGGCGGUCGGGGGUGAAGGGGCAUAGUGCGGGAGGUAGCGGGGGGAUAGGUGGUGGGGGUCGGGAUGGGAGAGGCGGCGUGAGGUUGACGGGAGGGGGUGGUGGGAAGGGGUUGGGGGGUGGGUGUUGUUAG